AUGGCGGCAUUUAAAGAGCUUGUCGAACUGCCAAUUGACAAGCGCGCUGUGAAUGUAAGCCUCUAUCAGGUACGUUGCGGCCUGCGUGUCUCACCGCGACUUCCCGUGCAGGUGGAAACCAGUAUACCAGACACACCGCAAAACAAUUCACAUUCGGCAGAAGUGCACACACAAGCGCAGACAGCCACGAACGGUGGCAGCGGUGGUGGUGGUGACAGCAGCGGCGGUGACGGGGUGGGCGAGGGGGGCGAGGGCGAUAUACUGCAGGAGCAGGGCGACGCCCAGGAUACGAAUGGCGGCAGCCUAUUGUCAGGAUCUGCAUGCAUAAUUAACGGCUGCGGUGCAUCGCGCAUCUUUCAGAUUCUCUACAGGAAUGAGGAAGUGGCGUUGCGCGAUGUCAUUCACUUUCGUACACACUUGUUGGUCGACAGCCGUCACUUGAAGGAAUCCAUUGAACGUGCUGAGUUCUCAUUGCAAUUGGAACUGUGGUUUGGUGAACAGAAUGGCACCAGCGCACUAUCGUUGGCCUCUACACGCACCUUACAGCUGAAUUUCCAUCCAGGUCGAGGGCUGCACUACCAUCUGCCGGUGCUAUUCGAUUACUUCCACUUGGCCGCCAUUAGCGUUGGCAUCCAUGCUAGUUUGGUGGCGCUGCAUCAGCCCUAUAUAAAGAAAACAAUUUUCCGUUACAUUAAACUCUGCGCACCCAAAAGCUCCAAAGCCUGGAGCGGCAAAUUGAACUGUCGUGGCAGCAUGUCGCCCGGCCCACUAGAGGCUGUCUUUUUCGGCCCACAAAUUGUGGGUACCACCAAAUGCAGCGGCGGACCUGCCGGUCGUCUUUUGCAGUCGCGACAGAUACAUCAUGAAAUCUGUAGUCUACUGUUGGGCGCCAUCGAAAAUCUGAAAGCGACUCUCAAUGAGUUCAGUGCAGUGCUGACGAAGAGCAUGAAUAACCAAAUCGGCUCACCACCGUUACGAGAGAAUGAUGCCUCCGAGCGUUUACAGCAUUUUACCGAAGAAGCCAAGCUGCAUGAUACCGAGGAGGACUUUGCAAUCCGUGCCAAUUCCGACAUCGCCCAGCUAUGCGCCGAAUGCAUAAUGUUUUGGCGACGCGUUAUACUCGCCUCAUCUCAGUCCGCAGUGCACACUCUACUUGCCAAGAAGCACCACAUUUUGCGAGUGCAACGCUUCGCCGAAGGUUUCUUUGUCAACGAAAAUCCGCGCCAUUCGGCGGCUGGUUGCUACGACAGUAACUACCAAAACUAUGUAGCCAUCGCCGAAAUGGCACGCCGCAGUCGCUAUUUACAGUCGUUGCCACCGCUGCCGGUACAUUGCACACCCAUUGAUGGCGACGCCAGUUCAUUGCCGCUGAUAUUUGAGGAUCGUUACGUGGAACCACCGAGCUAUACACGUAGACGCACCGGCAGCGAUCCGCAUUUGAAUAGUCACGAGAGUCUGGUGAGCUCCUGUGGCAGCAGUACGCCCAAACCACCGCCUCCGCCCACCUGCAUGCUCGAUAAAACGCAUUCGGUGAACAGUCUGAGCGGACGCAGUUCGAACUCCAAGGAAUGUUCAUGUACCGUUAAUUUUGAGUAUCAGAGUAGCCCUGGCUGUGUAGCAGGAGUGCUUACUCCACGAUUCGCCUUAGGUGGGGAAAUAUUGCAGGCGAGUUUGACCAUUGCAACGACGGCAGCUGCAAAGGCACCGGCCACCGACGUUCUUAAUCAACGGCAGAUGUCACGACACUCCGUCACAGGUCUACUCGAAGAUGGUGAUAAUAAUGAGGCAGCUAAUGAAUACAACUAUAAUACGAACGGUACAUUACCAACACGUCACAGUAAGUCUUUGGACCAGCUAGACGGUACAGUUCACAGUACUCCAUCUCUUCGCACUCACAGUCAUACACAACAGCUUAAUCUGCAUUCUUCGCAAACGCAAUCGGAGUCUAAUUAUAAGCACUUCAGUGAUGGCGCCAGUGUUUCUAGUUUGGCUAAUAAAGUCGAUCAGUCGAGCUCGCGGAAGCACAAAACACAAGCUGAAGAUCUCAUGCGCAACAUUUCGGAAUUUCGACAGAAGUACAAGAACUGUGAGGACGGGGCACGUUGCGAACAAAAAUUGUAUUUGAAUGGCAAUGGCACCCCGCACGCCAACAAUCUGAGUUUGAAUGGCUGUAGCCGGUCGGUGGUAAGCACUUUGAACCGCCAAUUAAAUACCAGCGAACGCGCCGGUAAGUUCGACUAUCUGCAUGAAAUACGAAUGCUAAAUUCGCCAAAGCAGCUAACGCUUUGCUCGCACUACAAUUCGUUGCCAAAAUACAAUGGAAAUGGACUGAUUCCACCGAGAAACUCAUAUCCUCCAAUCAAGUCGAAGAAAAUCAACGGCUGCUUAGAGAACGGCACCAAGGUUAUGCCAAAGCCCACAUUGACAGCAACUCAACAACAACACACCAUACCGCGCAGUAGCUCCUCACAGGCACUACGCCAGAGGUCUCAAGGCGAUGUAAACAUCCAAACGAACUCAUCGUCGACCAUACCGCGUUCAGUUGAGAUUGCGCGAGUCCGAGUGUCCGACCUUAAGGAAAUGUUGAAGAACGGUACUUUGAAGAAGGAGUCAAGUAGCUCUGAAAGUGAUAUAGCCUCCAAAGUGCAUUCAUCGAAAAGUAGCGACCAUAAAAUGCUAUCUUCGCUGAGUGUGCCCUUUAAACUUGAGUCCUUAAACAAUACUAGCAGCGAACAGAAUACCAGCGGGUUUAGCGAGUCGCUACCAAAUCUGGCGCCACCACCACAGUUCAACUCUGAAUCGGGCCAAAAACGCAAACUUGUGCUGAGCAAUUCCACAUCAUCAUUGAGUGAGGAGAGCGGUUGGGUCUCUAGUCGACGCAGUUCGCUUGGUCCCUCUAGUCCCGAAACCAUCACGAACAAUGAGAAAAACGUGAAGAAAGAACAAGCACAUAUCAAUGGCAUGGAGACGCGGCUCAACGGUGAGCAGCUACGUCUUAAACUGCAACAACUGUUAGAUCAACAAAAUCAAAAAACCAUCAAAAAACACAAUUCAACGAAACGCGAUACGAGUCAAAACCAUAAAACCAACGGAGCGAGCAACGAAGUAUCUAUUCAUCGCAAAGUGUCAUCGGUAACACUGAAAAUGAAGCCGGAUUAUAGUAGAACCGAAAUGCAUUUACGUCGGCAUUUACAACAUUUACCAAAUGGCGAGUCAACGGAGACCGAUGACUUGGAAAUUCCCUCCCGAAGAGAACGCUCGCGACAUGCUAAACAUGAAAAAUCUAAAUCCGAUUUUGAUUUGGUCAGUUUGAAAGAAAAUGCACCGCUGGAAAAUGUGCGAGUGCCACCACCUCAACAGUUUCAAGAUGACCUCCUGCCACCCGACGAAUUUCGUGAUCCACCCUUACAGGGAUCGCAUGAAAAAGAAAACGCCAACAAGUCGCAUUCCGCCAAUACAACAAAGAUCAUAGAUGCAUCCAAAAAUAGCAACAGCAAGAAGAGUCGCUCUCACUCCGUCGAUUGCACCGAAGAUGAGGAUAAAGAAAACACCAGCACCACACAAAACCAGAUGCCAGUGGCGCGCACCGAUAGCCAAAAGUCAAACAGGUCACUGCAGUUGACAAAACGUACGAAAAUCGGCGGUGCCGGCUACACCAACCCGGAGGCCACAAACACUUCACUUUUAGAAUUCGAAAAAUAUCGCGAAGAAUUUCGCAAACAAAUCAAAUACACCGGAAGCAUUUAUUCGGACUUUGCUAAGCUGGCGUCCGAACUGCCAUACUUUAGCAUUAGCGACGAGUACCGCGCUUUCUCGCCCAACGGUAUGCAUUUAAUUAUCUGUGUUCACGGAUUGGAUGGAAACGCAGCCGAUUUGCGAUUGGUACGCACCUACCUGGAGUUAGGGCUACCGGGCGCUAAUUUGGAAUUUCUAAUGUCGGAACGCAAUCAAGGCGAUACAUUCUCCGAUUUCGAAACAAUGACCGAUAGACUUGUCGCUGAAAUACUGUAUCAUAUCGAGACGUGUGGUCUAAAUCCGACGCGCAUUUCAUUUGUCGCUCACUCCUUGGGUACAAUCAUUGUGCGUAGCGCCUUGGCACGCUCACAAAUGCGCCCGCUACUGCCGCGCCUACAUACAUUCCUAUCGCUAUCUGGGCCGCAUUUGGGCACACUCUACAACACAAGCGGGCUGGUCAAUAUGGGCAUGUGGUUCAUGCAGAAAUGGAAGAAAUCCGGCUCUCUCCUACAGCUUUGCAUGCGCGAUACAGCGGAUCUGCGUUGCUCGUUUCUCUAUCGGCUGAGCCAGCGCAGCACGCUGCAUCACUUUAAGAAUAUACUGCUCUGCGGUUCCAGUCAAGAUCGCUAUGUGCCAGCGCAUUCGGCGCGUUUAGAGCUCUGCAAGGCGGCUAUACGCGAUAAUUCCAAUUUGGGAACGGUUUACAGGGAAAUGAUUCAUAACAUAAUCGCACCAAUAUUAGCACGCACCGAAUUGAAUUUAGCCCGUUACGAUGUUCAUCAUGCGCUUCCGCAUACAGCAAAUACGCUCAUCGGUAGAGCAGCGCAUAUUGCUGUACUCGACUCGGAAUUAUUCAUAGAGAAAUUUUUAUUGAUCGCGGGUUUGAAAUAUUUCAGUUAACCACAGAGAUCAGUACUUUAAAGACAAUUGAUUGCUGCGUAUGGACGAUAGGGAUUGUGAGCGUAGAAAUUGGGUACUGUUAAUGAAAAGUUAGCAUUUAGUCGUAGUUACUGUUAUACGCCUUAGAGAACAGAUUAGGGUAAACAUACGAAUUGAUCAAGUAUUAGGCAGGGAUUCACAACUACAUAGAAAAUUGGGCGCUGGAAUUUGAAAUGUUUAAGGGAAAAACUUAAACUUUUUCUAAAAAUUUAAUUACCAAACUUUAUUCUUUUCUUAGUCCUCCCAAAAUAUCGCUGGAAUAUUCGUGUGAGGGAAAAUUUUUUUUUUAUAGAUCCACGGGACUUCGGUUUUUUUUGUAGAUUUUAUUUAUUGCAAAAUGCAAUAGAAGGGCACCCGCCUGUCACCACUCACUCGGCUUGACAGCUCUCCUCUCAUAUUAGUAGUCGGGCUAAUCAUCGGGCACUGCCGAAUGGGUACGCAUGAUAAAAGGUUGGGAUACUCAACGAACGACUUUUGUGGCAGCUGCAGAGACGAGGAAUAGGUGGAGAGCAGCGAUCACUAUCUCGCCACAGUACCGCCCUAGCCAAAAUGCGCAACCACUUCUUCAGCAAGUAUUUUUCAGAUUUCUUGGCCGGUCUACACUCAGCGGACAUUCAAAUUGUUUGUGCUAUAUAAAAUGUAAUCGGUGGUUCAACUAUUGAGGGUGGGAAAGAAGCAAAUGGCUUCCGUGCAUACGUACAUCGAUACAUCGAUGUUUUUUUGAAAACUGACAUCUCUAAUACAUCGAACCGCCAUUUCAGUUUUUCAAUUAUGUAUACAAAAAAAAAAAAAAAGCGAGUUUGGAAAAAAAAAUUGAAAUGGAACUAAAAAGUUCCGUUAGACACAUACAGCCCAAUUCUGAAUACUCCCAGGGAGUUUGUUCUCCGGGAAUUUGUUUCUUCCGAGAAAGAAAUCCCCCAAUAAUUAACUCCCAGGAGGUAGCAUUUCCCCCGAAAAUUCGGGAGGAGGAAAUUCGAACUUUGAGAGAGCUGUUUGACACUUUUUUUUGACAGCUCAACUCCGCCAUUUAAUAUAAAAAAUCCUCGGGGGAAUUUUUAGUCAUGAUAGGAGGAAAGGGAAAAUAGAGAAAACUCGCAAAUCGAUGCACUUUUCGAUGUAUCGAAUCGAAGAAAUACAUCGAUGUAUUUCGAUGCCACUGACAUCACUAUUGUAGUGCCAACUUUGAAGAAUACUUUCGGGAAGGGUAAAAUUCUCUCUCUCUUCUUUUUUGAAAGCAUCAAACCCAUGAAGUAUUCGCUCGGCUGGCAUUAUUUGCAUAAAUAAAAAUCUCUUAAAUAGUUAAGUAAAAUGAUAAAGGUACGCGUGUUGAGGAAAACGGGCAGAUUGAUUAGAAACCAAAGAAUUAUGGUAGAUUUAAAAGCUUUGUGAUUAACGAACUAUUUGAACAGGGUAA